AUGGCUGAAAGAAUUGGAAUUGAUUUGGAAAAAUUAAACAAUAAGUUGAAGAAUUUAUUAGAAGAAAAUAAUAGGCUUAAACAACAACAUAAAGACUUUCAAAAAGAAAAUCGAGAAACCUUACGCAUUAAUUCAGAAUUAAAAAAUAAACUACAAGAGAAAGAUGAUCAGUUGGAAAAACUUCAACAAAAAGUUCAAAAUUUGGAAGCUCAAAAAAAUGAAUUUGAAAUGCUUUCACAAACCUUAGAAAAAACUCUAGAAAUGUUAGAAUGGUCGAACUCUUAUAAUAAAGAUGAAAUUCUGGUCGUGGUUGGUUUCGAUUUUGGAACAACUUACUCCGGAUUCGCUUACUGUCAUAUUUCGAAACCACAAGAAAUAUAUGCACAUGAUCAAUGGCCUGAAUCUUUGGUUAAAAAACAAAUGCAACGAAAUGGAAAUUAUAAAAGGCCUGUUGAAUUGUUUAAAUUAUGUCUAUGCCAACCACAUCCUCUUCCACCUUUGUUGGAUUAUAAAAAGGCUAUUACUGAUUAUUUUAGAGAAAUCGGAAAGGAGAUGAAGAAGACAAUUGCUACGUGGUAUCCAGGAAUUGAUUUCUUGAAAAACGUAUUAUUAGUUCUUACCAAAUUUCAUGAGGGAAAAACUGCCCUAAGAUCUGAGAUGCUUUGUGGAAGUACUUUUGUUGAUAAAGAAUUCAUCGAAUAUUUAAGUAGAAAACUUGGAAAUAGUGCAAUGGAAAUGUUUAGAGAAAACCAUUACGAACAAAUGCAAUUUUUAAUUCAGGAAUUUUGUAAAAGUUGUAAAUGGCCUUUUACAGGAGAAAAACAAGACUUUAGUAGUUAUGAAUUGGAUCUCGACGUAUCUGCUCCUAUGCUAAAAAAAUAUAUUACUAAUGAUAUGAUAGAAAAAAUAGAAGAAGAUGAAUGGAUAAUUGAAAUAGGUUUCAAUGACAUAAAAUCAAUGUUUGACCCUGUUGUUGAAAAAAUUUUAAAUCUGAUUCAUAAACAACUCAAUAGUUCUCUUGAAACAUGUUCGGCAAUGUUUUUAAUUGGAGGUUUUAGUGAAUCAAAGUAUUUACAAAGAAGAAUUAAAGAAAAUUUUGCACAUAGAGUACAUACAAUUUUAGUUCCCGGAUCUCCUAUUGUUACUAUUGAACUUGGAGCUGUAAUUUAUGACGAAAAAAGAUCCAAAAAAUAUGAUGGGUAUGGAAAUUUGAUAGAAGCUGUGGAUGCUGAUUUGGCUAAACAAUCUAUGUGUCAAAAAAAUUAA